GGAGCUCCGGCUGUGAUCCCAGAGGCACACCUGCUGGAAGGUGAGCAGGCCGCCGCCCUUCUCACCGUGGGCGUGUCCUCCUCCUCGCUUCCGUGCGGGCCAGAGGAGUUGCGACACCGUUCAAGUUGCAGCACGAGAGGAGCAAGUCUGGAAUGACACAAAAAAAGGACAAAAUACUUUUAACGGUGCAGCAGCAAGCCAGCGAAAAGUUUUGGAUCCAUCCAUCCAUUUUCUACCGCUUGUCCCGUUCGGAGUCGCGGGGGUGCUGGAGCCUAUCUCAGCUGCUUCGGGCGGAAGGCGGAUAAUACCACAAAUACACGCCCCGCUCCAUAAAUCUUCAGCAUGCCGCUGCAGACCUUGGCCGCCGUCCUCCGCCCUUGCUGAUCCCUCCCCCCCAUGGCAAAGAUGCAGCCGGGCGGCCCCCCUGCCCCUCCUCCCCCUUUACUGCCGCCCCCUCCGCCGCCACCCCCCCUCGCCUUAGGUUCGAAGGCCCUGCGCCGGCGCUCAAGGAUGCGCAACUUCAACUGGGAGACCAUCCCCAAGCACAGCGUGAUGGGGAAGCACAACAUCUGGACGGAGGACCAGGCGGACGGCGACUACCAGCUGGACACGCACCACAUGGAGGAGUUGUUCAGUCACAAGCAGGCUCAGCAGCACCACGCCAACCACCGCCACGGGGUCAGGGGCGCCCCCGUUGCCGCUCCCGGGGGAGAACUGGUGUCCAUCCUGGGCUCCAAGAGGAGCAUGAACAUCGGCAUUUUCCUCAAGCAGUUUAGGCGGCCUGUGGCGGACAUGAUUGAUGACAUCGGAGCAGGAAGUGGACUGGCGUUUGGCUGCGGGAAACUGCGAGAGUUAUUGAAACUGCUGCCGGACGAGGAAGAGGUCAAACAGCUGCUGGACUUCAAGGGCGACCAAUCAGCUCUCCCUGAUGCUGACCUCUUCAUGCUGAUGCUGGUCCAGAUCCCCAGUUAUGAGGAACGUGUCAGCAGCCUGGUCCUCAAAGAAGAGUUCUUGCCCUUCAUGACUGAAAUGAGAGGAUUCAUUGACACCUUGAAAGCUGCCGGGAAUGAGUUGUUGGAGUGUGACAGUCUGCACUCGGUCAUCCGUCUGGUUUUGAAGAUGGGGAACUACAUGAAUGCGGGAGGAUACGCCGGCAGCGCGGUGGGUUUCCGGAUGGCCUCGCUGCUCAAGUUGGUGGACACCAAAGCCAACAAGCCCGGCAUGAACCUGAUGCACUACGUGGUGAUGCAAGCCCAGAAAGUGGACACGGAUCUGCUGAACUUCCCUGACCAACUCCAGCACAUGAGAGCCGCUGCAAGAAUCAACAAAAGCGAGAUUGAAGCAGAGUUUGCCCGACGAGUGAAAAAAGUGCGAGAAGCCCAAGCCAACACUUUGAAGCAGGACAACCUGAAGGCCCAGAUGGAGGACUUCCUCAAGGAUGCUGAGGCCUGCCUGGCCCAGGUGGAGCAGGACCUCCAGGAGCUUCAGUCCAGCAGCGACUCUGUGGCCCAGUACUUCUGUGAGGACCCUGACAAGUUCCGACUGGAAGAAUGUUGUUCCGUUUUUGACUCCUUCUGCGAGAAGUUUCUCCGAGCCAUGCAGGAGAACAAGGCCCGGGAGGUGGCGGAGGUGAAGCGCCGGCACAAAAACCGUCUGAUGAGCGCCGCCAAGCGCAGGUCCACGGCCACCUGCUCCACCAGGGACAAGGAGAUGGACGGAAUCGCCUUAGAGUCCGUCCUGCAGUCUUUCCUGACCAGCAGGAUCUCCAGGAGGCGAUCGGUGCGGCCCUCGUCCACCUACGGCAGCCCUGUCGGCGGGAGCCCCCAGACCGGCAGCCUGUCCGAAAUCCCGCCCACGGAAAACCUGCCGGCGCUGAGAAGAACGGAGUCCUUGAAGGCGGGCGGAAUGGCCAAGAAGGAGUGGAACUCUGCAGCGGAACUCACAGGAAGAUCCGACAAAAAAGCGGAAGACGGCGGCUCGGACACCGAGGCGGAUGUCGGGUCGGAGAAGGACGGAGAAGAAGAGAAAAGGACCGGCAGAGGAUCCUCGUCUGCUCGAUGCUUCUCCGCCGACUUGGAUGAGGAAGACCUCCAGGACAACAACCAGGAAGAGGCCCAGAAGCUGCGGGAAGCGUCCCGGAAGGUUCUGUUGUACCAGAGCAGCCGAGGCAGCGUCUCCUCCGGCGAGUUCAACGUCGACAACCCGAGCUCUCCGCCGGCGGUGACGGCGGUCCCCGCGCCUCGGCGCCUCCCGUUCGACAUGGAAAGCGACAGGUACCCCGGGGACCCGACCGACGAGGACCUGGUCCGCUUCCUGUUCAACUCCCCGCACACUUCCAAGCGGAACAUGGGCCGGCGGCACACGUUACCUAUCAAAGUGAAAAAUGAGGAGGAGGACGAGGUGUGGGAUCCCAACCCGGACGCCCAAGAGGAGGAGGAGAAGGCUGGACGCGUGCAAGACUCGACGGAGACGCUACCUCAACAGCUUUCUCCCGGCCAAGACCAGGAACACGUCCAGGACGAGCAGAAUGGUGGACACGUUCCGCACAGAUCUUCAUGGAACAAAUCCGGAUCAUCCGGAGUAUUUUUUGGCUUCUUAAAGCGACUCGGCGAUAUCGGAAGACUACAGGCGGGCAAGGACGGCAGCCAGAAGGGUUUUGGUACUGAUGUGUAGGAACUUUCUAGAGCAGUGGUUCUCAAACCUUUUUUUAUUUAUUUUUUGACCAAGUACCACCUCAGAAAACACUUGGCUCUCCAAGUACCACCAUAAUGACCACCAUUAUUAUAUGCAGUAGCAUAGUACACCUAUGUAUUCAUCAAAGACAACGCAGUGGUUUUAUUUAACAAGUAUUGUAUUUUAAGGGCCAAAGAGCGCACUUGUAUAUAAGCCACACCCACCACAUUUUUCCAUAUAUUAGUCGCAUCGGACUAUAAGCCACAGAUAUACUGUAUACGUUGCUAUUUUCACAGGAAUAUUAAUUUACAUACAUUAAAUGUUUCCGAAAGCUGUCUGUAACAGGGCAGUAAAACGGCUGAUCAAACAAAACAGAAGUCAUGGUCAUGGACCCACUAGCUGCGCAAGCCAGCUCUCCAAUCACCUAAACAGACUCAAUAACUUUACUGUGACGUUUUGGUGAAUUUAUGAAAGUGAAACAAUAAAAAAAGAAUGCCAUUGUAAGUUAAUAAUACUCACACAGACUGUCAGGUUCAAACACUGAUUACAUCUGUUAAACAAGACAAGAAGCAAAGAAUUAAACAGGGACAGAAUUAAAGUUGGCUCAGUUUGAGGAGAUAUGUCUGAAAGAUUGUUCGCCCACUCUUUUUAUUUGGACUUUCCCUGAUUACAUGGCAACAGAUGUUUCUAAGGGGCGUGGGUCGUAAACAGCGUUGCCUUUGGUUACAGAACAGUUCAAAAGAAAAGGUCGUAAACAGUUCACAGAAAAGGUCGUAAAACAGUUCAAAGAAGCGGUGCCUGGAGGGGAGUCUGGUCCUGCUUCCUCUUCGCUUUUGUAGUUCUUGGGUCAAGACGAUAUCUUUCUGUUGAUUACAAUACAUGAAGGAACCAGACACAGUGGAGUAUUACAAGCCUUCUUCUUGGUAGGUUCACAGACAUUUGUUGUCUUCUUACCAGGUAAUCAAUGUAACACAAUGUUUUUGUGAUAACUUAGAUACAAUUAUUAUAACACAGACACUCGUAAACGUGUUAGCAUAUUAGCUAAUGCUAACGACCCUAGCUUGAUUACAUUACGAUAGCACGUACAAACAUGCAUGAAAACACUCCUACAGACAUCACACAUGGGACACUUUAGUAAGUAAGAAUAGUUUUAGUUGUGUUGUAAAACUUACAAACAUGAUGAAUGAAGAAUCCAUACAUGUAGCAAUGCUAUGGAUGGUUUUACUUCCGGUUUAAGGCAUUUUCUCAGGAAGUACAUUUUCAACCUGCAACACCUGCAGUAAGCAAACUCAUCCAAACAAAUGGUUUUAGCUAUAUUGUAAAACUUACAAACGUUGCUUGGAGUGAUCAAUGGAGAAUCCGAACGAGUAGAACGCUAUGGACGGCUAGAAGACGGAACAGCACUUUUACUUCCGGUUGAAAGCUCAGUACAAACAGAAGAGCACUGCAGCACCUGCAGUGAGUAAACUAAUCCAAAAAAUGGCGCCAUAGCACAAACAAUAACACACCUAUCCGGCUCCCUUUUUUUUAAACUGUUUGUUGUAUUGUCGUCAGCGAAGAGAAAUCCCUAAAUUAGCCCGUUUAAUUAAUCCAUCCAUCCAUCCAUCCAUCCAUAUUCUACGGCGUGUCAUGUUAUUGAAUAAAAUUGAUGAUUAAAAACUCACUUCCUGCUAUCAUUUUUGUUGUCGUGUAAACAAAAUAUUUGGUCAUGGGAUUUUGGCCAGGUAGAAACGCUAUGGACGGUUUUACUUCCGGUUUAAGGCAUUUUCUCAGGAAGUACAUUUUCAACCAGCAACACCCGCAGUGAACAAACUCGUCCAAAAGAAUGGUUUUAGUUAUAUUGGAAAACUCACAAACAUUGCUUGGAGUGGUGAAUGGAGAAUCCAUACGAGUAGGAACGCUAUGGACGGCCAGAAGACACAGCAGCACCUCUACUUUCGGUUGGAAGGACUAACUAGACCAGGGGUGUCAAACUCAAAUACAGAGUGGGCCAAAAUUUAAAACUGAACAAAGCCGCGGGCCAAGGUUGAACAAAUUAACCUUUUAAUAGGGACCCAAACAAGUUUUGCAUUGAACAUUGAACAAGCAAGGCUUAUAUAACUUUAUAGUGAGAUGCAAAAUCGAGUUUCAAAUAAUAAUAAUAAUAAUAAUUAAAAAAUAUCAAUGGCAUAUCAAAUAAAAUUUAAAUACAAAUUUAAUUCCUCUUUUCUAUUUUCAGCCUUCUGAGGUAAAUAUCAAAAUAUAUUGUAGCGUCCCGAAAGAGUUAGUGCUGCAAGGGGUUCAGGGUAUUUGUUAUGUUGUGUUUAUGUUAUGUUACAGUGCAGAUGUUCUCCCGAAAUGUGUUUGUCAUUCUUGUUUGGUGUGAGUUCACAGUGUGGCACAUAUUUGUAACAGUGUUAAAGUUGUUUAUACGGCCACCCUCAGUGUGACCUGUAUGGCUGUUGACCAAGUAUGCCUUGCAUUCACUUAUGUGUAUGUAAUAGCCGCAUAUAUUAUGCGAGUGGGCCUGCACUCUGUUUGUAUGGAGGAAAUGCGGACGUGACGACAGGUUGUAGAGAAUGCUAAAGGCAGUGCCUUUAAGGCACGCCCUCAAUAUUGUCCGGGUGGAAAUCGGGAGAAUGCUUACCCUGGGUGAUUUCGGGAAGAUUGGCAAGCGUGAGAAAUUGCGGUGUUACAGCGACACCGCUGCUGUGUAAUAACGGCGGGCCAGCUGUAAUGUUAAUUUGAUAUUGCCUCAAGGGCCAAAUUAAAUUACACGGUGGGCCAAAUUUGACACCCAUGAAAGAGACAAACACUGCAGCGAGCGAACUCGUCCAAAAGAUGGCGCCAUAACACAAACAAUAACACACCUUUUCAGGGUGUUUGCUUGGCUUUCUUUUUUUUACUCUUUGCAUUAUGGCUGUCAUGGAAGAAAAAUCCAUGUAUCAGCCAAAGGGUUUACAGCGUAGGGAAAAAACAGCGACUUAUCACCUGGGAUUUACGGUAUAUUUAAUAUUUUUGACCACUGUAACAUUACACUCAGUAUGAACAGUAACAUUGUGGUUGAAUAUAGGAAAAUACAACACUGUACUUUCUUUGGCGUAAUACUAGAUGGAGCCUGCGUACCACUAGUGGGACACGUACCACGGUUUGAGAACCACUGCAGUAGGUGGGACUUUAAUGCUUCUUGUAGUUCAUAUUAUUUAUGUCACAUAAACUUGCUGUCACAUGUUUUCCCUCUCUCUAUUUUAUUUGUGCUAAAGAUGCUCUUGGAGUCAUGAAGGCCCGUAUCGCUCUUCUCCAUUUUGUUGCUUAGUUGGCCACAUGCGUGGACAGCACCUUUUAGCUCUUAUUUACAAAAUUGUGUACACUACUGAAUUGGGGUCUUAUGGUCGCUUAUGUGGACACUUAUACUGCCAUCUGGUGGUGUCAGAGGAGUAUAACAUACACAUUAGAAUUAAAAGAAUGAUCAUGUCACUAAACAUGAAGUUUAGUGUACUUAUGGACUAAGUACAUCAUAUCCAAAGAAGAUUCUUAGUUUUUAUUCUAACUAGGGUCCAAUAAGCCCAAAUAACAAAGGGAAAUUAAAAAGAAGCACAUAAACAAACACCUUGGGCCUUAAGAGGUUAAUAAACUUGUCCUGGUCCCAUACAGGAUAUUUGUCUGAUAUCUGCACACACAAAAAACAAGCAUGGGUUGUGCAAGCAUGUGUGAUAUCAUUCCUGCGGCGUGUUUAUUUGUGUGAGAUCAUUUGCGAUACAAGCAUUCCUGCUGCUUGUUUAUCUGUGUGUGUGAUAUCAUGUACGAUACAAGCAGUCCUGUAGCGUAUUUACUUGUGUGUGAUAUAUCAUGUGCGAUACAAUCAGUCCUGCUGCAGGUUUACUUGUGUGUAAUAUGUGUGACACAAGCAUUUCUGCAGCGUGUUUUUUGUGUUUGAUAUCAUGUGUGAUACAAGCAUUCUUGGACCGUGUUUAUUUGUGUGUGAUAUCAUGUGCGAUACAAGCAUUCCUGCAGUGUGUUUAUUUGUGUGUGAUAUAUCAUGUGAGAUACAAGCAGUGCUGCUGCAUGAUUAAUUGUGUGUACAAUGUGUGAUACAAGCAUUUCUAAUGGGUGUUUAUUCGUGUUUGAUAUCAUGUGCGAUACAAGCAUUCUUGGACCGUGUUUGUGUGUGAUAUCAUGUGCGAUAUAAGUAGUCCUGCAGUGUGUUUAUUUGUGUGUGAUACAUAAUGUGCGAUACAAGCAGUCCUGCCGCAUGACUACUUGUGUGUACACUGUGUGAUACAAGCAUUUCUGCUGGGUGUUUAUUUGUGUUUGAUAUCAUAUGUGAUAAAAGCAUUCUUGGACCGUG